UUGGAUGAUCUUGCGAACCUUAUAUGUUUAUGAUCAUGCAGAUAUACCGACAAUGCUGUGAGUUUUCAUCAGUUUUAGAUGGUCUCUCGAAGAGAUAACAUCGUCAUUAUUUCUGAUACUAAAAACUGUGGCUAGUUUAGCAAAUACAAUAAGUCAUCAAAUCAUAUAGAUAUUCAAACAAGGUAUCCGAAAAAUGCUUAUCAUGAUAAUCUUAAAAUUAUUAUUAAGCAGUAUAAUAUAUAUUGCCGCAUUGGAAAUAGCGAAUCCUGUCGACGAGAAAUGGGAAGUCUUAAGACAUAAUGCAUUUAAUUACGAUUUAUCAGACUACAUGCAACCGUUACAUUAUGAGAUGCAGAUGAAAUUAUUUCAUAAUUAUUCUAGCGGAAAUUUUGAAAUUACUAUUCGUAUUAAUAUUGCAACACAAAACAUAACUUUUCAUACACCAUCUAUGAUGGUAAUAACGAAUCCGCAGCUAAAACAUAUUAACACUAAAGUGGUUUAUUUUUUAAAACCUAUGUAUAUGUUUAAUUUAUUAUAUUAUAUUAACGUGCUCAAUUGCAAGUAUAUGUUGUUACCUGGAAUUUAUAUUUUGAAUAUGAAUUUCCUUGAUAAAAAUCAAUUCUUCGAAUAUAACACAAAUAAAGAUGGAACUGAAGAGUGGUAUCUAGCAUCAGGUUUGCAGCCGAAAAAACUGCCAAUGUUUCCAUCUUGGGGCAAGCCAGAAACGAGAGCCACUUUUAAUAUUUCCAUUAUGCAUGAUCGAGAAUACACAGCUCUAUCGAAUAUGCCAAUAAGGGCAACUGAACCAGUUAUGUAUAACGAGAAGAUGAUAUGGACAUAUUUUCACCAAAUCCCUCUCAUGUCUAUAGAUAGUGUAUCAUUUAUGGUGUUCAGUCUUCAACGGAAUUUAAACUCCACCGUCAACGUGUGGUGCAAGCCGCAAUUAGCAUCACAGAUAAUACUCGCGCAAUCCAUUAUUGAAAAGAUCACUGUAUACUUAGACAAUUAUUGGAAUAAUUCAAAAAGCAUCCUCGAGCGAACAGUUAUUCCUGCUAAAAGAAAAGUGGAUCAUAUUGUAGUUCCGAUUGACAAAGCCAAGUCGACUUUGGGAUUUGUUUUUUAUAAGGAAUUAGAUAUCACCUAUAAUGAAGAAAAACAUCCUAUCGCGCGCAAAAUGAUAAUUGCGCGCUUAAUAGCUUGUGAAAUGGCACAAAAAUAUAUCGGCAAUCUGUUGAGUUCAACUCAUUGGUUUAAUCAAUGGUUAAACGAAGGUUUUACUAAGUUUCUCCAAGGAUAUUAUAUUAUUGAGAAGGCUAUGCCAGAAUUCCGGAUGAUGGAUUUGUUCGUAGUUCAGGUUCAACAUGAAUUACUCGAUCUAAACUCGUAUAUCGUUAUAGAUUCUGUUAUGGAAUAUGAUAACUAUAUAAUUUAUCCUGAAAAUGUUUUAUUCCCUCUUUCUUAUGUUAAAGGAUCCAUUAUAUGGCGCAUGUUAGAACGAACUUUACCGCCUGAUGUACUUUCAAUAGGUAUCGACAAAUAUUUGAACGAUCAAUUCUCUAAUUCUAAAGCAAGAACUUCCGAUCAUUUAUGGACCGUUAUGCAAACUGUCAUGAAGACAUUAAAUCCCAAGAAUCAUUUUGACAUAAAAGAAAUGGUAAAUUCGUGGGCUACGCAAAGAAGUUUUCUUGUGGUGGAGGUGAGGCGAAAUUAUUAUUCUCCCGAUGUUGUAACAGCAUUGGUACAAUUUCACAACGCGUUGGAUGCGAAGCAAUAUUAUUACCUACCUUUGACUUAUACUACGGAAUCGAAUCUCAAUUUUAACGUCACGUGGUCGGAUGUCUGCUUAACACCAUCAUAUUCCAAAUUUGUAUUCUCUCUUAAGAAAGAUGAAUGGGUCAUUUUUAAUAUUCAACAAGCUGGAUAUUAUCGGGUCAAUUACGAUAGCGGCAAUUGGCGAAGGAUUGUGCAAUAUUUAAAUUCUGAAAAAUAUAGGAACAUACAUGUUCUCAAUCGAGCGCAACUCAUCAAUGACGCGUUUCAUUUUGCGGUACAUAGGAAACUUAAUUUUUCCAUUUUUUGGGAUCUCACCAAGUAUUUGUCAAAAGAAACGGAUUAUAUCGCAUGGUAUCCUAUGUUGAAAAUUUUUGAAUUUAUAUCGAGUAGCUUCGCAUUCUCAGAAUUUGAUGAAUUCAAAACAAAAGUCGAGGAAAUGGUAAAUCCGCUGGUGAAUGUGACGUGGCAUAAAUUAUAUUAUACUAAUAUUCCGAUGUUCGACGAUGAUCAUACUAUAUGUUUAAUGCAAGAACUCGCAAAGUGGAGCUGUAUUAUUGAUAGUAGGCUAUGCUUAACAAUAGCCAAUAAACGUCUGCAAUACCAUUUGACAAAUCCUGAACAGAACAAACUUUUGCCUGAAUGGAAAAGAUGGACAUACUGUAAUGGUUUGAAAAUAGCAGAUAUCGAUACAAGUAAUGAAUUCGUUGAUAAACUCUAUUACAAUUACUAUAAAGGAAAAAAUUAUGAUUAUACUAUUUUGGAAUGCUUGGCUUAUUCUCCAAACCCCGAAGUCAUAAUUCAUUAUUUGGAAGAAACAUUACCAAAUGUUGCUCCAACAUUUGCGCGAAUUAAUUUUGAACAUGAUAUUAAACCUGUAUAUUUUUCUGGAAAAUUACCAAAAUAUUCUUAUGCUUUAACAGCUAAUAUUUUUCUUUUUACUUUCACGAAAAGUACUAAGUACAUGCUUGAAGACAUAUUAAAGAAUUUCAGAAAAUUAAAAGACGGUAAAGAAAGUCAUUAUUUGCACGUGAGUGAUAUUGCAGCAUUAACCGUUAUAAUCAACAAUAUAUAUUCUAAAAAGCAGUUUAAUGAGAUACGCAAAUUUGUAAGAGACAACUUUGUAAAGAGGAGAUUAUUAAUUUAUGCUGUUGAACACAAGAUAAAUACACGCUCGUUGGAAAUCGACAGGCAGAUAAAAUAUUUUCAAUCCUUGUUCAGUCCAUUGGAAAUCUGAAGAUCUACAACGCAUCAAAUCGCUUAGAAAUAAAAAACGCACUAUUAAUAAUAAAUAAAUUUAAGAUAAUACGUUGUAAACUUAAAUCUUAGU